AUGGGAGGUAAGAACAUUAAGGUUGAAGACGCUGACAAAAAGCCUGCACGUUGGGCUCAAAUGAGACAACAUAUAGGCUUCAGAACCACCGUCACCUGGUUCUUCUUCAUCAUCUCCAUGCUCUGCAUCGUCUACUCUUCCAACUUCAUGCUCACCACCGGCCACCGCAAAUGCUCCGGCACCUCUUUAGACGCCUCCAGUGAAAAGCACCUUCAGACACUCACCAACGUGUCUGUAGAAGAUGCAACCGCGCAACCUGUACUUCCGCAAAAAUCUCAACGGUACGACACGGAGCUGAAACACAUUGUUUUUGGGAUAGCCGCUUCGUCGUCUCUGUGGGAGAAGAGGAAGGAAUACAUAAAAGUUUGGUGGAAGCCGAAGGAAACCAGAGGGGUGGUUUGGUUGGACAAAAAAGUGAGGACUAGAGGAAACGAAGGCCUGCCGGAGAUUAGGAUUUCCGGCGACACCAAAAGAUUCAAAUACAAUAACCGUCAGGGGCAGAGAUCGGCGUUGAGGAUUUCGAGAGUGGUUUCGGAGACUUUGAGGCUUGGGAUGAAGGAUGUGAGAUGGUUUGUGAUGGGUGAUGACGACACCGUUUUCGUGGUGGAGAAUGUGGUGAGGAUACUUUCGAAGUACGAUCAUACGCAGUUGUAUUAUGUUGGGAGCUCGUCGGAGAGUCAUGUUCAGAAUAUAUAUUUCUCGUAUGCCAUGGCUUACGGCGGCGGCGGAUUCGCCAUAAGCUAUCCUCUAGCGCAGGAGUUGGCGAAGAUGCAGGACCGGUGCAUUCAGAGGUAUCCCGGGUUGUAUGGCAGUGAUGACAGGAUUCAGGCUUGCAUGGCUGAGCUCGGAGUGCCACUGACCAAGGAACCUGGGUUUCAUCAGUAUGAUGUGUAUGGAGACCUAUUGGGGCUUUUGGGAGCCCAUCCAAUCACUCCAUUGGUGUCAAUCCACCACCUUGAUGUGGUGGAACCGAUAUUCCCACGAACCACCAGAGUGAAAGCCCUCCAGCACCUCAUGCAAUCCGUGAAGCUCGACUCGGCAAAUGUAAUGCAGCAAUCAAUCUGCUACGACAAGAAACGCUAUUGGUCCAUCUCCAUCUCGUGGGGCUACGUGGUUCAAAUCUUGAGGGGAGUCGUCUCUCCCAGAGAGCUGGAGAUGCCCACAAGAACUUUCCUCAAUUGGUACAGAAAAGCCGAUUACACGGCGUACGCGUUCAACACCAGGCCUGUGACCAAGAAUCCCUGCCAGAAGCCCUUUGUUUUCUACAUGGCCUCCUCUCGCUAUGAUCCAGCCAAGAAGCAAAACGUUGGGGUUUACUCCCGCCACAAAUCUCGCUCCCCUAACUGCCGUUGGAAGAUGGCCUCACCGGAAAAAGUUGACUCCGUCGUUGUCUUUAAAAGUCCAGAUCCUCUUCGCUGGCAGAAGUCACCAAGAAGGGAUUGCUGUAGAGUUCUGCCAUCACAGAAGAGCUCAACAAUGAACUUAUGGGUGGGAAAUUGUCGAAAUGGAGAGAUUAGCCAGUUGUAG